GACCGAUAAAAAUAUUGAGUUUUCAGAUGGUGUGUUAAUUAUUCAAGGAGAUUCAACGAAUGAUUAUGGUACUCAAUAUACCAUUGAUAGAGCUGAAGAAUUGAAAAAGAAAUUGAAAAUUGUGAAUGUAUUCGCAAGUAAUUUAGACGAGGUUGUGAAAUGGAUUGUUAAUAAUAAUAUACGCUCAUUAAAUGUCUCUGGAGCAAGGAAAAGUAAUUUGUUAGGAGUAGAUCUCCAAGUGAAAAUGGGUUUCAAAAAGUUUUUGAACAAUAUUCAUAAUGAAAUUCUUCAAAAUAAUGAAUUUCAGACAUUAUUCUAA